UAAGCACCACAUCUACACGUCUUUUCAAUACCUCCAAGGAUGGUGACUCAACUACUUCCAAAGAAAUACUUAAGGGAUCAUUGCAAGACUUGCAGAAGCAAACCCUGCCUUGCUCUCACUGCUGAAUCCCAGGGAGAUUUCUUCCCAGGCAGCUCCUGGACAGGGAGAGGUUAAUCGUGCCUGCUGGUUUUGCAUGGCCCACUUGCAAGUCAAAAUUAGUGGGCAUCCAAUGUUCCACACCCAAGAAGGUUUCCGCGUACCUCUCAUGCACGCAUUCAUGUAUGCAUUCAUGUUAACUCGCCUCUCUGUGGUGCGUAGCUUUUGCAUUAGAAGAGGAAGCGUCCUCUCAAUUUCACUCUAUACACAAUGUGUGCGUUUCAAAUACAUACUGUGAAAUAGCAUUUUGCAGAAAGAAAACCUUCACUGUCUUUGAAGUGAGAAGGUGGUUAAAUAGGAGCACAUCACUUAGUCGGAGUCAAGAUUCUCACUUCAUCUUGCCAGGCGCUGCUGAGACUUUGGGCAGUGAAAAUGGCAGGGAAAACUUGGACUAUAGCCCAAAAAAAUGUGGGCUCAAUUCCUUAAAGUAUUUUAGUUUAAAUGAGGUCAAAGACUAUUCCUGAGCUUGCUGUGAAGCAUGUGCUUAAGUACCUUCUGGAACUGGGAUCUAAACUUGGAGGGCAAAUGAUUUGGCUUUUUUUGGUACCCUCAGGAAACAGCCUGCGACAGAAGAGUUUCUGUCAGGUUGAAUUUCGGAGAUUAGAUACUGACUGCCCUUACUUAUCCUUUUGGACUUGAGAGAUAGGGUCCUUCCUAAUUGUGCUAACCAUGCUGAAGUUUCAGGAUCAAAGUGCUCCAGGGUGUUUGUUUGUUUGCUCUGUGCUCAAACAGCCCUUAUCUCACAUCACUUUUUGUGGGAUUCAGUUAGAAAAACCAGUGACUGUUAACUUCACGCUUCUGCUUACAGCUCCCGACACGAUCAUUGCUCUGUAGACAGAGCAGAUCGUGUUGAGUUUCGUUGUCACUGCGAAGAUACAGUACCAGGGGCUGUGGCAGUACAGCGGCACAGCUUCCUGCUCUGUGGGCAAGCCUGGAACUAGGUCAAACAGCAAAAGCAAGUAAUUGUUGAAGUAUUAGAAGAUGCGUAUCUUCAGGAAUGGGGCAGGGGGCUCUCAGCUCUGUAGCCAACCCGCAGACGAUUUUUUGCAAAGAAUUCCAGGAACUUCAUGAGAAUUCACAUAGAAAUUCAGGAUAAUCUAACAUUUUUGCUGGCAUGGAAUUUGUCUGUUACUACGAGAGAGCAUCGCGAUGCAGAAGGACCGCACAGUGCCAUGGUGUGGGAUGCCUAUCUGGGUUUGUGUCGCAGUGCAGCGUGCCUGUCUGGCCUUGUGUCGGAGACCCAGGAGCUCUAGAUGGAAAAAUAAACAAACCCUGGGAUGUGUCGUGAUGCGGCGUGCAACUGUGCAGAGAAAGAGCUGAGGUCUGAAGCAAGUCUGAGUAACAGGCUCUCUCUUCUGGGGCUUUGUUUUUCUGGUAUAGUAGAGAAACAGCCUAAGUCUACAGGGACCUGAGCUGCAGUGUUUUGCAUCUUUUUUGGUGGUGUUUAUUUUGGGGAUUUCUUGUUGGUUUUGGUAUGGUAAGACUGCUCUCACACCUACACACAUAACAAUUAUGUUAUGCCUAGAUAGACACCCUCAUUGCUGGCCUACUUUACACUUGCUUACCAGUGCAAACUCUUACAUAUAUACCAUGACCUGGUCUUUUUAAUGAUAAAGUGGUAUCAGGCAUAUUUGCAUAUUUGUUCUUAAAUAAAAUUCUGGAUGUGUCUGAAUUGUGACUGUAGUCACCAGCUCAGAGUCUGCUAACAGUGAGAGCAGGGGGGAAAUCUACGCGUAUGAGAAGCUCAAAAGAAUCUGUUAACGUGCAUUAUUCUCAUGGUCCUUGUGAAGAUGGAUGGUGGCUUUUUACUGUACAGCAAGCAAAAUUAUUGGGUUGAAUUGUUGGAAUUAAGGUGUGGUGAGAAAGACUAAUUACUCAGCCCUCAGAUGCCUUUUAAACUGUGGGUGAGUAGAUGCCCCAUGCUGUGAUGGUCCGUCACUGCAUUUUUGACGUAUGUGAUUGAGGGUGGAAAAAGAGCAUUGCAUGCAACACCAUUGAUCACAGGCUACACAUUUUUUUCAGUCUGGGAGUACUAGUAAUUUUAUUUUUAAUUUCAGUGGCUCCCCUCAUGAUACUUCCCCAAACUAGUCCAGUCACCUUGAAGAAGUUUUCCUAUAUAGAGCACUAAUUCGCGUAGAGCAGUGAUAUCACUGGUUUUUUGUAAUAAUUUAAAUGAGAAGGUAGAAAUCUUUGAAUUAAAUUAUAAUUUCUUAAUCUCAUUUUUUUUCCACAGGUACUUUUUAAUUUCUUUCCUUGAAAUACACUUUCAUUAGUUGUGGUGUAAUGAUUUACCACUGAAUGGAGUUUUUAGAAUAAAUGGGGCACUUAUUUUUGCUAACAGGGAUACUCUAUAUCUGUCCAUAAAUAUCUAGGCAUUUGUGUAGCUUAAUGCACAAUUCCUCAUCUUCUUCAUGUUAUAAUUUUGAUAUUAAAGAGGUACCAUUGUGGAAAGCUUUCUUUCCCCCAGCAGGGAUUAUUUUAUGUGAUUUGAAACAAGCUGCAUUUGAAUGGAAUUGGAAUUCAGUAAAAAUGCACAAAAGCAUUUACAAACUUUUAAAAAGUAUUUUAAAUUAAUUAAUUAUGUGAAAUUACCUACCAAUAAGAUAGGUGGUUUUUUCCGUGUUGAAUUUUUCACUCGGUUUUGAUUGCAGUUCUUUUUUUUUUUUUUUUUUUUUGUAAAAACAUUCAAAUACAAAAUUCCAGUUUUCUUUGACACUACCUAUUUAGAAAGCAGUAAGUGAAAUACACAAAGGAGUCAGAACUUUAGUGCAAACUGAUAAACUGCACAGUCCGGUACAACUUCCUUCUGCUAUUUAGGAGAACUGCUGUGCACUGAAGCUCAAAGGCGUGAUGUUACCCUUCUUACCACAUUAUACAAUUACAUUAUAAAUCACAUAUGCUGCUACAUAUCAAUAACGCACCUGAAUUCCCUUGAAGCUGAAAACCUGUGAAUGAUGUCCAUGCACAGAAGUGUUAAGUAUGUUGAACUUGUGUGUUAGUGCUUAUUUGCAACAGAAAUGUGACUUGGCUUUGGGACAGCUCUGCUUUUGCUGGGCAGGAAAAGCCAAAUCUUUUCUUUCUUACCUGCUAUGAAACACACUCAGAAAGAGCACAAAUACAACGACCAGCCGCAGAGGUGGGGAGAGCUGUUGUCCCAGUCGUGUCCAAGCAGUGCCAAGCAGGGAGGGCUGACAUCAGCAGCAAAUAUCUGCAGAGAGCCGACGGGGCUUAUAGCCGCGCUGGCCUGGAUACGGCCUGAGUAUUCCCCAGUGCCAGGGAUCCCCAGCUGGCACUGCUUGGAGUUUGUUGGCCAGAAGAGUGCAAAAUUAUCUUUUUCAGCCAAGGAUCCUGCCCACCAGGGGAUAUAUGUUCACUUGUUCAAAGGAAUAUCAGUAAAAGGCCAAGAUCAUUCCUACUCCAAAUUUGAAGAAAAGAGUCAGAAGCGGCCAGUCUGCAGGCAUGGCGGAAGCGUUGGUUCGUGCUGCGCAGAGGCCGCAUGAGCGGGAACCCGGACGUGCUGGAGUACUACAGGAACAACCACUCCAAAAAGCCCAUUCGGAUCAUCGACCUCAACGAGUGCGAAGUGCUGAAACACUCGGGGCCCAACUUCAUCAAGAAGGAAUUUCAGAACAACUUCGUCUUCAUUGUGAGAACCACCUACCGUACCUUCUACCUGGUAGCCAAAACUGAGGAGGAGAUGCAGAUCUGGGUGCACAACAUCAGCCAGAUCUGUAACUUUGGACAUCUGGAAGAUGGCACAGGUUCGGUGGAGAGCUUGUCUCACACGACCUCGUCCCCGCAGCCGUCGCCGGCCGCCUCCACGCAUGCCUCCCGCAUCGCCGAUCCCUCCUUCUCGGUCGACCACGCUGCUGCUGACGCGUCUGCCGCAGAGGAAACCCCCAGCGAGUCGGAGUCGGUCUUCCUCCCCGACUACCUCUUCCUCUCCAACUGCGAGUCGGGCAAGCUCAGCCACAACAGGUGUGACAGCUGGUCGAAUUCGGACAGAUCUCUGGAGCAAACGUCAUCGGACGAUGUUUUUGUCGACUCCUUGCAGUCCCAGCCCUCCUUGUACCUUGUACAGCCGUCCAGCGCUGGCACUGUGCACCAGGACGGGGCCCCUUUGGCAAAUCCCAGCACCGUGUCCAGGAACAUAGACAUUAGCGGGCCACCCAGUGACUUUUCCUCCUCUUCUCCACUGCUGGGGACGCCACUGACACCAACUUUUCAGAUUGACAAGAGCCAAAACGCGCUGCCCUACGGUGUAACCCAGCUGGACGUCCUGUCCAACACCCCCCCGCCGCGGCCGCCCAAGCCAACCCACUUCUCAGACAGGAGAGGGGACGAGGUGGGCGGCGGGGCCAUCCAGAACGGGCACGCAGGGAUCUGCCGGGCUCAGGUCGCUCUGGUGCCCAGGAGGAUCUCCUUGUCCAGCUUGGACAACGUGAGGAACUGGAAAGCAGACAUGGAAGGCAGUUCUUUAAGAAGUCGGGAUAAGAGGCUUAGCUUGAAUUUGCCCUGUCGGUUCUCGCCGCUCUACUCGACUGCUUCGGACAGCACGGAGGACAGCUACGUGCCCAUGCGCCCCAGCACCUCUCCCUCUGCGCCCGGCUCCGACUGUUCACCCGACGGCUACAUCCCCAUGAGCCCCGGCUCAGCCACGUUUACCUUCCCUGUCGUCAGCACUGAAAAACUCACCAGCCCAUUACCUGAGCUUCCCUCAGACCUGGAGCCCCCUCCAGUGAACCGAGACCUCAAGCCUCGUAGGAAAUCACGGCCACCUCCUCUGGACUUGAGGAACCUCUCCACGAUCCGGGAGCAUGCUGCCGUGACCAGGAUGUGGACUGUGCCUUACAAUCGAAUGAGCUUUAUCUCACCAGAAAGAGACGGUAUUAAUUCAGCAAGAAUAUUUGCCAAUUCAGUUUCCGGAGAAGAGGAAGAAAGUUACAUUCAUAUGGAACACAGACAGGCAACAUCUCCAUACAGUGGUGCUUUUCCAUGGACAAGGAAAUCUAACCUUGAUUACUUAGCAUUGGAUUUUAAUUCUGCUUCCCCAUCCCCUGUACAGAAGAAACCUUUUCUCUCUGAGGAGCAAAGAGUGGACUAUGUCCAGGUAGAUGAACAGAAGACUCAAGCUUUACAGAACACUAAGCAGGAAUGGACAGAUGAGAGGCAAUCGAAAGUCUAAAGGAAGAAGAUUUGGGAUCUGGAGGAUUAUUUUUUUUGCACUGGAACCACAAUGUUAACGAAGCAGCUAUCACAGUAGAGUUCAAAGGCAGAGAGAGUUGUAAGAUGCUUACGGUCUGUAAAGGAACGGCAUUCUUAAUGGAAACCUUUGAUUUCAACUGGAAAUAGUAUGCUGAAUGAGUGAGUGGUUCACUGAUGAUUAAAGUAAUGCAUUACCCUUUUUACUGCCCUUACCAGUAAGCUACAUGGUACCAUUUUCUGGCAUGAUUCUGCAACAAGUCAUACACUUAAUGUUAACAAAUCCACUACAUGUUGCAUUAAUCUAGUUAGUCCUGCCUUCUCCCUCUGUUGCAUAAUUCCUAGUUGCUAAAGCUAUUUUUUGAUAUUCCUACAAAUACUGCGGGUGCUCAGAGUGCUUUUAUGGCAGUGGGCAUCUGACAGGUAUUGGUGACUAAUCAACUAAGGGCUAAAAAUACUGAAACAAUAAAAAGAACUUUUUGAAUACGUAGUGCUUAAGCAAAGAGAAUUUUGGAAAAUAUUUUUCCCCUGGGUUUAAAAGGUCCGACUCUGAGCUGAUGCUGUCAGAAACUCGAAACAGGACUGUGUACCGAUGGGACUGGAACGCGUGGUCUUUGACCCUCUGGAUGACGGUCAUCGUAUUAGGCUUCUUCUCUCCAUUGUGGCUCAUACUUGUCGCCUUUCUGUCUGAUUCCUACUGAUGUUUUCUCCCCUAUCUUGAGGAGUGUCUUCGGCACAGCACAGCACAGCUGCUCCUCUAGCAGGAGGCUGCAGGCACACAGCUCUUGGCUGGCCAAAAAAUAGAAAGGGAAGCUGUGAGCCUGUUUCUGCAAGUCUUGGGAGAACUGGCAAAGGAUCAAGAAUGCUUUCAUCUGAACUGCAGAAGAAAUGCCAUUGGAAUUGCUGGUAGCAGUCGUCGAACUGAUUGUUUCACUAGACCCCCCCCCCCCCCAAAAAAAAAGAGAAUUAGGAAGUGCAGCGUGCUCCGAGAGAGGCUAGCAGGCUUGCCAAAAUAAAACAACAAUGCGCUUACGCGGCGUGAGGACCUCUGGGUUCAGGAAGCUUAUCUACCUUGGGACUUGUUACAGGCACUAUCUCAGGAUCACAUAUGUGUAUGGUUUGUAACAUAUUUAACUUUAAAAGCUUGGCUGCAAUCUUUAUUUUAAGGUGGCACACAACCACUUGAAUCAUGGAAGUAUGCAGUCCCGCUGAGUGACCCACACUGGAUUUGGUCUUGCAGGCUUUGCUCAUGCAGGUAAGUCCCACUAGCCAUGAGAGGUCUGAUCCUGUCAGCAAGGACAGACAGCCAGGACCCUUACGAAAGGUUUCCUCUUUGACAGUGCCGAGCCACUGGACUCCCUUCACGUGCCUGUUGCUACCACAUUGUAUUACUGUAAUCUGACAUCCCAAAAAUGCUGAUUUACCAAACAGAGGUUGCAGAAAUGUCAUUGCAGAAACCACUGGCAUUUCAAGGCUCCUACUUACUGUCCUCCGCGCACCCAUUCUGCUUCAGCCAUUUGGGCACUCUGGGAGGCUGAGAGACACGGCCGAGUCGCAUGUCCUGCUGGGAGAGACAGGGUAGCUAGCAGAAACACCAUUUUUCUCCUACCUCAAGAGAGCUGAAGUGCUUGCAAGUCUCGCUGCUUCUUUAGCGCAAAUACAAAGCUGGGGAUCUGUGGUGACCAGGCUCUUAUUAGCUUACCCUGCGAGAACAACGAGGUUCACCAGCGCCUUUAUUGACUCCGGGGCAAACCGGGCACCCAGGCCUGCGGGCGUAAAGUGUCCUGACUAGAGCUGCUUGGAAAACCGGGAUUUAUACUGCAGAGCGCUGACCUGCGGCUUCCUCCUACUCUGCUCCUCCCCCACCCACCAAAGCUCUAAAAUGAAAGUUAAUGCUCAUAAAAGUUUUGAAAGGAAUGCAGACAUUUCCGUAUAAAUCUUGUCUGUCUGGUGUGAAAUUUAGUUUGUUAAAACCCACUCGUUUUGUCCGAAAACUGAUUUAGGAGAGCUCUGAGCAACCGUGCCCUGGGUGUGGUGUUGCUGCAGGGGAAGUGGGUUUGGGGAGAGGCGGUGGAGAUCUGCGCCUCC